GCCCAGGUGAGCGUCCCGCCGCCCGGCACGGCUCGGCAGCGGAGCGGGCGGCCCCGGCACAGGCGGCGAGGGGCAGCCCGACCCGACGGGGCACCUCGGCUGGGGACCGCUCCCGGCUUCGAUGCGAUGGUGACCCGUCCUCCACGUGUCCCAGCUCCCCCGGGUGCUGAGCACCGUUGAUAAUGUCGUGCUGCACGUGCCUCUUGCUGGUGCUCACUCUGGUCCCGCUGAGCGCCGGCACCUGGCAGUGCCCCCGCAUCCCUUACAGCUCCACCAGGAACUUCUCUGUCCCCUACACGCUGCCCAGCCUGGAUGCUGGCAGCCCUGUGCAGAAUGUUGCCGUCUUCACCGACUCCACUGGCCCAGCUGCCGUCUUUGUGGCUGUGCGCAACCGCAUCCUUGUGGCCAGCCCCGAGCUGCACCUCCUCUCUGUCCUCAUCACCGGCCCGGUGGGCAGCGCCGAGUGUGAGAUCUGCCGCCUGUGCCCGGCUGCCACGGACGGCCCGGAGGACGUGGACAACAUCCUGCUGCUGCUGGACCCGCUGGAGCCAUGGCUGUACAGCUGCGGCACGGCAUUGCACGGGCUGUGCUACCAACACCAGCUGGAGAUGCGGGAUGGCAAGGUGGCCAUCACAGCCACGCACUGCCUGUACUCAGCCAUGGGCAACAGCCCCAUGUUCUGCCCUGACUGCGUGGCCAGCCCCCUGGGGACCAGUGCCACUGUGGUGGCCACCUCCUACGCCUCUUUCUUCUACCUGGGCUCCACCAUCAACAGCAGCGUGGCAGCACAGUACAGCCCGCAGUCGGUGUCUGUCCGCAGGCUGAAGGGCACCUUGGACGGCUUUUCGGGUGACUUCCAAGGGCUGACGGUGCUGCCUCGCUACCAGGACAACUACACCAUCCACUACAUCCACUCCUUUGCCGACGGGGACCACGUCUACUUCCUGACGGUGCAGCCUGAGCGGCCGGGCUCAGCGGCGUACCACACGCGGCUGGCGCGGCUCAGCACCCACGAGCGCGACCUCCGCCACUACCGCGAGCUCGUCCUUGACUGCCGCUACGAGUCCAAGCGGCGGCGGCGGCGGCGCAGUGAGGAGGAUGCCGAGCGGGACAUCGCCUACAACGUGCUGCAGGCAGCCCACGCUGCCCGCCCCAGCGCCCGCCUGGCCCGCGACCUUGGCAUCGACGACACCGACACCGUGCUCUUCGGCGCCUUCGCCGAGAGCCGUCCGGAGAGUCGGGUGCCACGGGAGGCCUCGGCCGUCUGCGCCUUCCCUCUCCACCUCCUCAACCAGGCCAUGGAGGAGGGCAUGGACAGGUGCUGUGGCAUCGGGCACCAGACGCUGCUGCGGGGGCUCAGCUUCUUCCAGCCGGUGGAGUACUGCCCGCACAACGUGAACCUCUCGGCGCCAGUGGCCAACACCAGCUGCUGGGACCAGCCCACCCUCGUCCCUGCCACUUCCCAUAAGGUGGAUCUGUUCAACGGGCAGCUGUCUGGUGUCCUCCUCACCUCCAUCUUCGUCACCACCCUGGGGAAUGUCACUGUGGCUCACCUGGGCACAGCCAAAGGACGCAUCUUCCAGAUGGUGCUCCAGCGCUCCAGCUCCUACCUCCUCACCUUGGCCAACUUCUCCCUGGGAGAGCCGGGGCCAGUGCGGGGUGCCAUGGGACUGCAGAGCCACUCGCUCUUCUUUGCCGCUGGCACCAAGGUGUGGCACCUGAACGUCACCGGCCCGGGCUGCCGCCACUUCUCCACGUGCCAGCGCUGCCUACGUGCCGAGCGCUUCAUGGGCUGCGGCUGGUGCGGGGAUGGCUGCACACGCCGGCACGAGUGCGCCGGCCCCUGGGUCCAGGACAGCUGCCCUCCCGUCCUCACCGACUUCCACCCCCGGAGCGCCCCGCUGCAGGGCCGCACGCGGGUGACUCUCUGCGGCAUGACCUUCCGCUCCCACCCGCACUCCGAAGCCCACCGCAGCCCCCCUGCCUCGUACCGGGUGACGGUGGGACGGCGAGGCUGCACCGUGCUGCCAGAGGAGAGCAGCAGCCACAGGCCCCUGCCCACCUCCCACCGCAAGGACUUUGUGGAUGUGCUGGUGUGCGAGCUGGAGCCAGGGGGCCCGGCAGCAGCGAGGGGCCCGGCUGACGUGGUGCUCACUGUGGAGGAACCCGCCGGACCCUUUGGCUUCCGCGUCCACGGCUCAGCCACCCUCAGCGGCUUCGUUUUCGUGGAGCCCGGCAUCAGCGCCCUGGAACCCCAAUUUGGGCCCCAGGGGGGUGGCACCCUCCUCUCUCUCAAUGGCACCCACCUCUCAGCAGGGAGCAGCUGGCGGGUGAUGGUCAAUGGCUCCGAGUGCCCGCUGGCCGGGCAGCCCAGACAGGGCGACGGGGUAAUUGAGUGCACAGCUCCUGCUGCUGGUGGCCUGGGCACAGCCUGGGUGACUCUGUGGAUCGAUGGCGAGGAGUUCCCAGCCCCCCAGCCCUUCCAAUACUACCCUGACCCCUUCGUUUCGGCUGUCAGCCCUGGCUGCACCUAUGAGGGCUUGAUGCUCACCAUCGUUGGCACCCACCUGGACUCGGUGUCUCACGCCAAGAUCCGCUUUGAAGCCAACAGUGUACAGACUGAAGCCACAAAGUGCGAGCGCCCAGCGGUGCCGGAGCAGCUGCUGUGCCGCAGCCCAGCCUUCCCCUUCGAGACCAAGGUGGAGACGGUGCUGGGCAACCUGAGCGUGCUGCUGGACGGAGCCCCCGGCCGCUGGCGCUUCCACCUCCGCUACUACCCCCAGCCCAAAGUCUUCCACUUUGAGCAGGAGGGCAGGCGCCUGCUCCUCAAGCCUGGCGAAAACGAGAUCGAGGUGCAUCAUGUGGGGCUGGACGCCAUGGCCGCCUGCAUGAACAUCACCAUGAUGGUGGGGGGCCGGGAUUGCCAUCCCACCGUGCUGAAGACGGAGGUGACGUGCCGCCUGCCCCGCGACCUGCGCCUGGCCCCCGCCGGCACCCCCGUGGAGAUCUGCAUGAACAGCGACUGCAGGGCGCUGGGCUGGGUGCUGCCCGCCGCCACCUCGCUGGACGUGGCCGCCAGCCUGGCCCUGGGCACCAGCGUCACCUUCCUGGUCUGCUGCAUCCUGGCCGCCGUUCUGCUCCGCUGGCGCUGGAGGAAGAGGAGGGGGACGGAGAACUUGGAGCUGCUGGCACAGCCCGGCCGCAGCAACCCCCCCCCCACCACCCAGCGCCCUGGCGUCGACUACAGGGAGGUACUGGUGCUGCCCACAGCAGGCAGUCCUGGCCUGCUGGGCCCACGGGGCCGCUUGGCCGGUGUCAGUGCCAGUGCUGGUGCCGGUGCCAGUGUGGCGGGCGGUGGCUCCCCCGUGCCCCUGCUCAGGGCCACAUCGUGCUGCCUGGAGGACCUGCGUCCUGAGCUGCUGGAGGAGGUGAAGGACAUCCUCAUCCCUGAGGAGCGACUCGUCACCCACCGGCACCGGGUCAUCGGCAAAGGGCACUUUGGCAGCGUCUACCAUGGCACCUACACAGACCCUCUGCUGGGGGAGCUCCACUGCGCUGUCAAGUCCCUGCACCGCAUCACGGACCUAGAGGAGGUGGAGGAGUUCCUACGCGAGGGCAUCCUUAUGAAGAGCUUCCACCACCCGCAGGUGCUCUCACUGCUGGGGGUCUGCCUGCCCCGCCAUGGGCUGCCCCUCGUCGUCCUGCCCUACAUGAGCCACGGCGACCUGCGCAACUUCAUCCGUGCCCAGGAGAGGAGCCCCACGGUGAAGGACCUCAUCGGCUUCGGGCUGCAGGUGGCCCUGGGCAUGGAGUACCUGGCGCAGAAGAAGUUUGUGCAUCGUGACCUGGCAGCCAGGAACUGCAUGUUGGAUGAGACACUGACGGUGAAGGUGGCAGACUUUGGGCUGGCACGGGACGUGUUUGGCAAGGAGUACUACAGCGUGCGGCGGCACCGCCACGCCAAGCUGCCCGUCAAGUGGAUGGCCCUGGAGAGCCUCCAGACCCAAAAAUUCACCACCAAGUCAGACGUGUGGUCCUUCGGGGUGCUCAUGUGGGAGCUGCUGACGCGGGGAGCAUCGCCCUACCCCGGGGUGGACCCAUAUGACAUGGCCCGCUACCUGCUGCGGGGGAGACGGCUGCCACAGCCCUGCCACUGCCCCGACAGCCUGUAUGAGGUGCUGCUGAGCUGCUGGGCGCCCACGCCUGAGGAGAGGCCGUCCUUCACGGGGCUGGUGGGAGAGCUGGAGCGUGUCCUGGCCACGCUGGAGGGCGAGCGUUACGUCAACCUGGCUGUCACCUACAUCAACCUGGAGCGUGGGCCCCCCUUCUCCCCUGCCCCCCCGGGGCAGCUGCCCGAUGGUGAGGAUGAGGAUACUGAGGAGGAGGAGGAAGAGGAGGAGGAAGAGGAUAUGGCUGUGUGCUGAUGAAGUGCCCUGCUCUGUGGAGGCUCCUGGACCGCCACACCCCAUAGGCACGCUCUCCCUAGGAGGGUUGCAGCAUGCAGCUGGGUGCUAUGGGCACCUUCCCUAUGGGACUGGUGCCAGGAAGCAGCUGGGUGGUGUGGGGUGCUCUCCCACAGCUCACACCCUGCUGGGUGCUCCCCAGGCUUGCUACCAUGCCACAGGGUGCGGUGGGGCUCAGUUCUGCUCUGGCUGGGUGCUGGGGGGCUCAGCCCCACACCCCUAAGGUUAUCUCUGUGUGCUCUGCACCAGAGCAGAUGGGUGCUGGAGGGCCCCAGGCUCAGCAUCACAGUGGUGAGGCUGUGCUGUGGGGCCCAGGCUCAGCGGAUACAGCCAGGGCUCCAGUGGAGUCUCCAGCCCUUUGGCUACUCAA